CUGCUGCUGUUCCUGCGCUCUGUACAGGGACACGCACUUUCACGUUUUGCGUCUCCUAUUAAACCCGCUGGGAUUAUUUCACCGCUUUCCCAACAGGAGUGACAGUGGACUACGCAGAAAGACACCAGGGGAACUCAAUAGAGGGCAUCUGAAGGAAUUUAAGGCUUGUUAUAUGUGCUCACACCCCCAGUGGCGCCCACUUCACCGGACAAAGUUUAUUUUUGUCCACGGUCCCAUGCAGCUGGACCUGAGUUUGAAUUAAAACAUCAGAUAGGAGAUAUCGGUGUAAAAGGACACAAAACAGUGAACCAUGAUGAAGACUGUAUGGAGAUAGACAUCCUCUUCCAACAAGGGAUUAGGAAUUAUAUUUUGUGCCAUCCUCUUUUUACAAGGACUCAGGUGUGUCAAAUAUCCAAAGCAAUUUCUUCAGCAUGGCAUCCAGCCUGACAUGUACAGGAAUGAUCUGGACUCUGGUGUCCCUGUUGAGUGCGGCAGCCUCCUGUGUGGGCUUUUUCAUGCCAUACUGGCUGUUAGGCUCUCAGAUGGAUAAACUGGUGUCUUUUGGCACUUUCCGGCGGUGCUCUUAUCCCGUCCGGGACGAAGAGAAGCAGGCCACAGUCAUGCUGGAGCAGUGUGGGCGCUAUGCAAGCUUUCAGGGCAUUCCGAGCAUGGAGUGGCGGAUCUGUACGAUAGUGACAGGGAUCGGAUGCGGACUGCUUUUGCUGGUGGCACUGACGGCACUCAUGGGGUGCUGCAUAUCAGACCUCAUUUCCAGAACCAUUGGACGUGCAGCCGGGGGUUUACAGUUUGUUGGAGGUCUGCUCAUUGGUUCAGGAUGUGCUCUGUAUCCUCUCGGCUGGGACAGUGAGGAGGUCCGACAGACAUGCAACAAUAGUUCAGACCAGUUUGAACUCGGCUCCUGUCAGAUCGGAUGGGCGUAUUACUGCACCGGGGCAGGUGCCGCCUCCGCCAUGUUAUUGUGCACUUGGCUUGCAUGUUUCGCUGGGAAAAAACAAAAGCAAUAUCCAUACUAGAAGAACCAGCCUCAGCUACAGCUCACACCGCCACCAUAGCAGGAAAGAUGCCUGAGACUCAGUGGAGAUCACCUCUGCUGCCCAAGGCAUGACAGUUUUCUUCUGCAAUCCAGCUACAACUCCAGUUCUGAAGCUUUCUGCGGUCAUAAAGACAUGUAUGGCUCAUAUGGACAUUUAUGUGAUAAACAUGAGCAUGAACUACUCAAAGAGACAUGUCUAUUGACAGUACUUAUCAUGAUAUUUUAAAAGCCACAGACUGUUUAACUUUAAAAGGACCAAUUAUUGAUUUUUAUAACCACCUUUGUGACAUUUACAAGUGUGCUUGUUUCUUUUUUGCUUUCUCUUGAAUUGGUAUUGUAAAAGAGAGCUGUUGUUCAGAUAUGAGAAAAAUAGAUAGCAGUUUACUUGAAAUCUGCAUAAUGCAUUAAAAAGGUAUUUUUAAAUUCUUAUAAUCAGUUGUAUGUUCUUUUGAAGACCUUUAAUGCAUUCAAACACAUCAAUUUAAUGUGUAAGAUUGUGUUAUAGUACAUUCAACACUUUAAAGGUGUAACCGUAAAAAGACAAACAAAUUUACUGUAUUAUGUAUUAACAAUGGUUGCAAUUAUUUAUAAAAAAAAGAUAUCAUGAUUUCAGUUUGUGUUAUAAAUGAUUAUGAAUGCGUUAUAAUGCAUUGUAUAUAUUAGAUUUCAAACAAAGUUUUGGUAACACUUAUUUUUUUGAUGGUCCCAAGUAGAUUUUUAACUGAUAAGUGACUUGUCAACUGGCUUGCUAUAGCUAGUAAACCGUGUUGCAACAAACAUUCAGUAGACUUUCAGUAGCCUGUAUAA